AUGCCCCCGCUGCUCAGUCCAAUGGAGGAAUCAUUAGAUGGCCGCGAGGGUGGCGCAGGCGCAAGUGGUUUCGACUCGGCGGCCAUAUUGAAUGAUGACGUAUCACCCACUACAAGCUUCUGUUAUAACAUCCCUAAUCUUUUCAAUAGCCUUGGUCCUGGAUCUGUGCUAUGCGAACGUCCGGACAAUGAACCCAGUGAAACUUACACGCCGAAUGUAGAACCAGCAGACGAAAGCACUGAACACCAGCAGUUUGAAGAUGAUGAGGAGUAUUCUCCGAAAUCAAAUGCCAAAGGAGAUAUACCUAAACGAAAACAGAGACGAUACAGAACCACGUUUUCGAACGUGCAGCUCGAGCAGCUUGAGGCAGCUUUCCAUAAGACGCACUACCCUGACGUCUUCUUUAGGGAGGAGCUGGCUAUGAGGAUCGACCUUACUGAAGCUAGAGUUCAGGACGCAGCCGCUAACUGCAGCCGUCCGGACAAUGUUGGCGAAAAUAGAACAUUAGGGUUGUAUCGGGUCAAACUUAUACCUGUUCUUCCUGUUUGGUUCCAAAAUCGACGAGCGAAGUGGCGGAAACAGCAAAAGGCUGGCUGUGAAGGAUACUCUGCUGCCCCGAGAGGGCCGAGAUCUCCUGACGAAAGAUCACCAUCAGCUUUAGCUUUGGAGAUGAGGGAUUUCAUCACCAUACCUGUAUCAUCAACCCAAAUGAUAAACUUAAGUGACACUCAGACACAAGUUUACGCGACCAAAUCAAAGCCAUCACCACCAGCCAUUCACAUAUCAGCGCUUCCAACGAGACAGAACCCUCAAGUCGACCUCCCAUCAUUUUCCAUACCCCUACAAUAUAACCUAGGAAGCUUCAAGAAAAUCGGCGAAGACGUACACCUAGACCUAGAAACCACAGACCAAAACAACUGGGACACUAGAAUGAUACCUAAUUUUAACCUGAUGAAUUUAAAACCAUUGAUAGAAACAAGAGAUAAUGUUGACAUGGAAUUAAAAUAUGAGGUUAAAAAUGAAAAUAGAGUGAAUUUCAAUGAAAUACAAACUGUCCAAGCUAUUGAGAGUGACGACUUACUUGGUAAAGAUACAGUGAAUGAGGGACAAACAAUAUCACCAGAUUUUGAAAUACAAAGGUUUCAAAAUUAUCAAAAUGAAAACGAGAAAAGGUUUAGGGAACAGAGCUUCGAAGACUCCAUCAUGGAAGAUGGUAGGAAUGAUUUCGUUUGCGAUGGAGAUUUUCUAUGCAAGAAUAAUUUUGAGAAAGUCGUUGAGAAACGCAAUGAAUUUGAGGAGUGCCAUCUUUUAGAUAGUGAUAAUACUGUUGGUAUAAGUAAUUUUGAAAAUGCCCUGUAGGUUCUUAGAUAAGUAGCCAUCAGACCACCACAGAUG